UUUCUGAGUUCGAGGCCAGCUUGGUCUACAGAGUGAGUUCCAGGACAGCCGGAGCUACACAGAGAAACCCUGUCUCGAAAAAAACAAAAAACAAAAAGCAACAACAACAACAAAAAGGUGCUUUCGGGAGCAAAUGCCCUGUCCUGUGCUCUUUGUCAGCAAGACAAGGCCGCAGUGGCUGGCUCCCAGAGCACGCUGCCGGGGACUAAUUCUUCCUCGUCCUUCUAGGUUUGCCAUGGAGUUGGUCGCAGAAAAAGGCCACACAUUUGCUGAAGAGCUUCAGAAAAUCCAGUGUGUUCUGCAGGACGUCGGCUCCGCCCUGGCCACUCCGCGAUCCUCAGCCAGGGAGGCUCACUUAAAGCACACGGCCUUCCAGGAAGGGCCUGUCCUGGAGCUGGAACAGUGGAUUGACAAGUACUCCAGCCAACUCCCCCCGCUCACGGCUUUCAUUCUGCCCUCUGGAGGCAAGAGCAGCUCUGCCCUGCACUUCUGCCGGGCCAUGUGCCGCCGCGCCGAGCGACGUGUGGUGCCUCUUGUCCAGGCGGGAGAAACAGAUGCGAAUGUGGCGAAGUUCUUAAACAGACUCAGCGAUUACCUCUUCACUGUAGCCAGAUAUGCGGCCAUGAAGGAGGGUGUUCAUGAGAAAAUAUACAAGAAGCAUGAUGCGUGAACCACGAAGGCAUGGUGGGCGAGCGGUCAGCUCCAGACAGGCCUGCUGAGAGCGGAAGUGGGUGCGAGUACAGACUCAGCAUCGCCUCAUGCCUCACCCCACCCCACCCCCACCCCAGUGACCUCUGGGACUCCUGGCCUCUCCAGGCUGUGUCGGACAUGUCAACUGAGUUCCAGACUCCGGCAAGGCAGGGUACACUGGGGACCACAAAGGCGGCGACAGGCUACUCGGAAUUGAGAGUGAACGUGGGGAAGGUCUGAACCUUGCAUUCGGGCUCUGUGUGUGUGUGUGUGUGAGAGAGAGAGAGACAGAGAGAGACAGAGAAAGAGAGAGAGAGAGAGAGAGGGAGAGAGAGCACUGCCAACUCAGGUUGUUCAAGGACUUGGAGUGUACUAGAGGCCCCUGGAAGAGUAAUUGUGAUUUAGCUGCGCCGACAGGGCUUUAAAUGUCACAUUUACAAAGGGAAGGCAGACAGGCUUGAGGAGUUUAGUCACCUCCGAGCAGCCCAUCACUGCCACAGUGUUGGGGAAAGAGGCCCACAGGGGUGCAGCUUGGGAAGUUCCCUCCCCCGGCAGAGGCAGGCGGCCCUCCCUGCCCGGGCAGUGGCAGAGGUGCUGCAGGUGCAGUCUUCAGCCUGACACGAGCUCUCUGCUGUCCCUCGGCUGGUCUGUGCUUCCUCGAGCCACACCGUGGGCUGUGUGACUCUACCUGCCACCACUGCUUCCUCUCCCUGUGAAGUGACAUCGCAGUGGCGCCUGUGUCCUUGGGAAGAGGGAUACUUAUGAAAGGCUGGAGGCAGGCCUGAGAACCCGUACCUCAUGGCAGGCCGUGACGUGGGAAGGGCAGGUCUGAGACACCUGAAGCCUUGGCUCAGCAAUUGUCUCGCCCCUGUGCACCUGCUUGUCACGCCUUCGAGCUGGGCGUGGGUGGACCGGCCCCUCUCGCUGUCUGGUCAGUCAGUGAGCCUCUGGAGUCAGCGCAUGCCCUCCUCCCCUUCCUGCUGCUGUUUCAGGCUGCACAAUCAUCUUCUGGGUCCUUUGAAGGGUCGACAAGCAGGGAGGGACACCCCAGGAGAUGGUCCUGUCCAGUGCCAGUGCAGCCACCAUAGGAGACACGGAUUGGGUACAGAGUUGGUGCCGUGUGUGCAAGGCCAGAAACGGGAGGCACAGCCUAGGAGCCUGAGCCCCGGGCUGUGGUCCGGGCCUGGCAGGGAUGCCGUGUUCCAAGAGCUUGCAGCAGCCGGGCACUACAGCUCCAGGGCUUCCUAAGAAAGAUGAUGCGGACUCUGAGACUAGGAAGCCACGCCCCUAGACUGUGCCCAACUGCUUCCAGCACCCAGGUCAGGAUGUUGAGUGGUGCUCGACAGAUUGAUUCCCACCUCAGGCUCCAGGCAUCCCCAGGCCUCGUGUGCCCGCAUAUGCUCUUUACAGGGUGAGUCCCACUGCGCGCUAACAAGCUGCAAAACCUUUAAAUUGUACCCAGUUAUCAUUGAUCUCUUUCCUAAUUCAACCCUUGAAAACAUUUCAGGAAGACAUUCUCUCCUUUGAAAUUUUGUAGAAAGUGCUUUUAUAGAGAUACAGUCCACCCAUCAUAAAAUUCCUCCUUUUUUUUUCUCUGUCUUUUUUUUUUUUUUUUUUUUUUUUUUUUUUGGUUUUGUGAGACGCGGUUUCUCUGUUUAGCCCUGGCUAUCCUAGAACUCACACUGUAGACCAGGCUAGCCUCGAACUCACUCAGAAAUCCACCUGCCUCUACCUCCCAAGUGUUGGGAUUAAAGGCGUGUGCCACCACUGCCCGGCAAAUUCCUCCUUUUAAAAUGGACAUUUCAGUGGGUUUACCUCACACCCAAGAAGAUGGCCCCUCGUUGGGGCUCAUUGGAGCAGUGUUUGCCAGCAUCCGCCGAGGGGAAUGAACCCCGUGAUGCCUGACGAGGGCCCAAGCAAAGCGCUUACACUGGAUCUCACCUGAGCCUCACUGGGGGUGUGGAGUUCACAUUCCUACAGGAAGGGAAACUGAGGCUCAGCACUGACCUAGGCUGUGGCCACGUGGCACACACACACCCGCCCAGUGGCACUUAACAGUUGUUUUAAUCACGACCUAGGCCGCAGCGAGCAAGGCCAGGCGCUAACAGAUUGCCAUCGCAUCUCUCAGCUGAGUCUCCCUUAACUGAUACUUCACGGCUAUUGUUAAUGUGCAUUUCUCGUGGAGUAAUUUUCAGAGCCUGAACUUGUAGCACAUCCCAGUGAUAAACGUCUCCCGUUUCAAGUCCCCUGUCAGCUGCAAUGUCACCCUUGCCUCCUCCCCAGCACCUCCCCGACAGCCCAUCCAGUUUUAUGAUCCCUCUGUCCCAGUGAUCAUGGCUGAACCUUUAAGAGUCCGGACGCAUUUCAAGUUUAAUUGAAUAAAAUUCUUUGUAUAAUAAA